ACCUUUACGGAGGGGCCAAAACAGAGGUUGUAAUCUUCCCUACCAACCUCUGCUUGGAGAGCACAGAUCGUUCACGUCAAGCCGCCGCCGGACGCCUUCAUCCUCCGAGACAACCGAUGUCCCCGGUGCUGAGACAUCCGUUUCCCGGUCCCGAUAGAGCUGUGGGCAGGGGCCAGGAAGUGAGCCUGCGCAGUGUGCCUGUGUACAUGCAGCGACCCUCGGCCAAGAAUGGUCAUAACGGGGCACAGGACGGCCAACGGGCACCGUCUCUUCCCGGCGUUCCUGAUCCGGGGAAGCUGACCACUGAUGGACCUGACACGUCAGCCACCCAUCCAUCUGGCCCGGGAUGUACUUCCCUGGGCACUUUCUCUUCUUCCCUUGCAUUAGGGAGCAGACCGUCCACGUCAAGCCACCGCCGGACACACCCUCAUCCCCCGAAACAACCGCCGUCUGCAUCCCCGGCCCUGGGACAUCCAUUCUCGGUCCUGGGAGAGCUGUGAGGCCAGUCACACCGCCCGAGACCGACGUGACGGCAGUUCCCGGCACAGCCGAUGCGACGAGGCCGAUCUGAACGUGCUCUUCGAUGUCCAGUGUAAGGACGCAAAAGACAAUAGAGUCUGCAUGAUCGAUACCAAAUGUCAUAAUGUCUGAAGACAUUCGCCAGAGGACCACCCCUGACCAAAUUGUUUGAUUGUCUGGAUCCAUCAUAUGUCCUAGUACAAGGACAGUGACAACAAAACAUUUGAGCAUAAAGAACGACAGUCAUUGUAACAACAACUAGUUCAAUUGUAUUGUCAAUUAUUUUAUUACAUUUGGCUUCUCCAGUAGCCAGGCUUUGAGACUGGAGAAUGAUACAGUCUAUAUUGUAAUCGAAACUGAUUGCUGUUAUUCAGUACAUCCAGUUAUCAAACUAACGAGUACAACGGCCAUAUAAGAUUUGUUCAAUGAUUCACUGCUAUGUAAUAAUAUCUUAAAUACAAGGGAGGCAUGUAUGGUAUUUAUAGCAGGACAUCUGCAUAGUUUUUGUACAAUAUCCAAUGAUCAUGUGCAACAAGAGUUCCCUGGCUCUACAGCUGUAAUAGAUGACCUAGUACAGGUGUCUCCCACUGCAAGGUCAGAGGUCAAGUCUAAAAGUCUUGACCAAAGCAAGUCUCUGUGUCAUUCCUCAGUUUGUCACUUCUUAGAGUUAGGUCCUAGGUCAGA